UUUUUUUUUUUUUCCCGUUCAUUGAUUUUUGGUUGUUUGGAUUGGCUUUUUUUUUUUUUUUUUUUUUUUUUUCCCCUUUAUUCCCCUUUUGCCAUCACUCAAUCUGCGCCCUUCAUUUGUGCGCUUGCAUCGUGACACCUGGUCGCGCCCGCUGGGCACUUUCAUCACAUCAAUACUCUAGUUGCCACUUUUGCAUCGCGCGAGUGUCCUGGGCUGCCUGGGUCGACAACAAUGUGUGGAAUCUUCGGUUACGUUCUGAACAACGUAAUCAAAGACCGUCAAUCCAUCCUCGAGACUCUGUUCAUGGGUCUUGCCCGUCUCGAAUAUCGCGGCUACGACUCGGCAGGCAUUGCUUUCGACGAUGACGAUGGAAACAUUCAGAUUGCAAAGCAGCAGGGCAAGGUGGCCGACCUGGAGCGCUCCGUCUUCCAAGUCAAGCACAUUGACUUUGACCACGACUUUCUGUACCACGUCGCGGUCGCGCACACGCGGUGGGCGACGCAUGGAGCGCCGUCUGCUGUGAAUUCGCAUCCGCACCGCUCAGACGUGAACAACGAGUUUAUCGUGGUCCACAACGGAAUCAUCACCAACUUUAAGGAAAUCAAGACCUUGCUCGAGAAGAAGGGAUAUGUGUUUGAGUCGGACACUGACACGGAGGUGCUCGCCAAGCUCGUCAAGUUUGUCUACGACAAUUUGAAAACGGACACUGGACGCGAGCCCACCUUCUCGCAAGUCAUUGAGAUUGCACUGCGAGAGAUUCAGGGAGCCUUUGCCUUGCUUUUCAAGUCGGUGCACUAUCCUUUCGAGGCGGUGGGCUGUCGGCGAGGCUCUCCCCUGCUGAUUGGCAUUCGAACCAAACACAAGUUCACCACCGAUGAAGUGCCCGUGCUAACAGAGACGUCCGACGCUGGCAUUGUUAGCAUCAACCCUGGGUAUCGACGCAGUCAAAGCUUUUUGAAUUUUUCCUCUGCGGAUGGUCAAACCUCGCCCCGCGUCGAGUACUUUCUGGCCUCGGAUGCUUGCGCCAUUGUAGAGUUUACCAACCGUGUUGUCGAGCUCCAGGACAAUGACAUUGCUUGGAUUUCAAACGGCUCUCUGGCCAUUCGUCAACUCCGGACAGAGGAGGUGCUCAGCUCGAGCCGCCGCAUCCACACACUUGAGCUCGAGUUGCACGACAUUAUGAAAGGCGACUACGGCACGUUCAUGCAGAAAGAGAUUUUUGAGCAACCAGAGUCGGUUUUCAAUACGAUGCGCGGUCGCCUCGACUUUGAAACCGAGUCGUUGCGUCUUGGCGGUAUUCAAGCGAAUGUCGUGGCAAUACGACGCGCCAAGCGAAUACUGUUUAUUGCCUGUGGCACUAGUCACCACUCUGCACUGGCCGUUCGAGCUCUGUUCGAGGAAGCUUGGGAGAAGCCCGUGUUUGUGGAAAUCGCGUCCGACUUUAUCGAUCGCAAGCCACCAAUCUUCCGCGACGAUGUCUGCGUGUUUAUCAGCCAGUCGGGCGAGACGGCCGACACGCUCAAUGCGCUGCGGUACUGCAAGGACCACGACGCCCUUUGUAUCGGUGUUGUGAAUGCCGUGGGCAGCUGCAUUGCACGAGAAACACACUGCGGUGUGCAUCUGAACGCUGGUCCCGAAAUCAGUGUUGCCAGCACCAAGGCGUUCACCAGUCAAGUAGUGGCCCUCACCAUGAUUGCCUUGCUUGUUGGGCAAUCGCUCGCACUCUUUCAAGAUCGCAGCCGCGCCAUCAUCAAGGAUUUGCACAUGCUGCCAGAUAUCAUUCGGAAAGUUUUGGCCAUGAAUGAACAAAUCUUGACGAUUGCCAAGGAGUGCAGCAAGCAGCAAAGCAUUUUGCUACUCGGACGCGGAGGGCAGUAUGCGGCUGUUCUUGAGGGUGCAUUGAAAAUCAAGGAGCUUGCCUACAUUCACGCAGAGGGAAUUCAUGCUGGAGACGUCAAGUACGGCCCAAUGGCUCUUGUCAACCAAGCUCGCUGCAUCAUCUUCUUGGCACUUCGGGACUCGCACUUUAAUAGGACCAAGGCUGCACUGGCGCAGAUUGCAGAUUGCGGUGCAAAGCCGGUCGUUUUGUGCUCGAUUGGCGAUCGCGCCGAGCUGUCCCCGUUUGCGUCGAGCGUGCUGGAGCUUCCGAUCGUUGACGAGGCGUUGCAAUCCGUGACAUCCGUCAUCGCAUUACAACUCCUGGCCUUUCACAUCGGUGUGCUGCGGGACAAUGCGGUCGAUACACCUCGCAAUUUGGCGAAAAGCGUUACUGUUGAAUGAAUAACGCACCCCUCCCCCUCCCUCCAUUAUUACAUUAUCCCGAGUUUUUUGUCUGUCGCAAGUGCGGUUGCCUCCAUGGUUUUGCUGUUGUAUGUUGCAACGAUAAAGCCAACCUCACACAAGCACAAUCAAACAAUAAAACAUACACACACACACA